CGACCCCAGCUCGGACCUAAGUCUCUCCGCCGACCCUCCUCCACCUUCUCCACUCUGCCCAGGCCCGGGCCCAGAUGUCGCCCUCCAGCCGCCUGUAUCUCCUCACCAUUGUGGGCCUGAUUCUCCCCACCAGAGGACAGACACCCACGGAGGCCACAUCCAUUUCUCUAGCAGACUCAACCACUGUGAACAUUCAUGCCCUGGCUCAAACCCCAGACGCAGUUCAUUCAGAACUCCAGUCCACCCCUCAGACUUCAACUCUGCAGGCUGGUGUAGAAACACCAACCCAGACGCAGCAACUGAAGGGAGAGACUGUGCUUCUAACCACAGACCCGGAGAUGGAUGAGAGCAGCACGGAAGGCACCACACUCUCCAAGCAGUUUCCAGACAAAGACUUCGCAACAGACCCUGCCCGCAGGCCUACUGAUUCAAGUGAAGAUGAUCCCUUCUCCUAUGAUAAUUACACUCUCCGGAAACAUGGGCUGUUGGUCGCAGCUGUGCUGUUCAUCACAGGCAUUGUGAUCCUCACCAGUGGCAAGUGUAGGCAGUUGCCCCGAUUAUGCCGGAAUCAUAACAGAGCCUACAGAGUCACAAAAGCCCAGCCCGAGAGGGAAGACCCAGAUGGAGCCAGAGCCAGGGCCGAUGGCCUGAACCCCCUACCUUCCCAACCCUGCCUGCCCUGAGGGCUGUCCAGCUCCCCAGGCACUGCCCUCACGUUGACCAUUCUGUCAGAAAAAAAGUAAAGCACUGCAAUCCUUGUCUGUCAA